AUGAAGAAAAACCAAGUUUUUAUCCAUAGCCCCAACGGUCCAGUUGUUCCCACAAUCACUCACCACGCUACUGCUUUGACAACUAGAGUACCUGCUGCAGUUAUUGUCCUCUCUGAAGAAGACUUAACUUCAGGAACUACCUUGGUUGCUGACUAUCUUACCAAUACCCAUUUCGUUGAUGAUGUUAAGAAGUCUGUUCAAACUGUUUAUGGUAGAACAACUGAUUUAUUUGAAGUUGCAUACGUUUAAUUCGUUAAGAACACUAAGUGUUGCAAGGAAUCAUUCAAGUCUGGUCAAUCUUUGUCUAAGGUCUUGAUUGAAAAGAAGUUCAAGGAUUUAACUUUGGUCUUCAGCGACAAUUUCCCUGCUACCUUCUUUGCUGAAUACUUAUAUGGUCUUACUUUAUACAACUGGAAGAAUGAAUUGAAGAGUCACGCUGUUGGCGAAUAACCUACUGGUUUAUUCAAGCCUUUCACUGCUUUGACUGUUGUUGCUACCCACUUCAAUCCUAACUGUGAACACCACAAGUACUUGCAAACUAUUGUUGGUCCUCACAUUGAAGCUAGAGAACUUACCUACACCAGAGCUGAUGUUGCUACCCCUGAAUAUAUGGCUAACUACUGCAGAAAGUUUGCUGAAAAGCACACUGAUAAGGUUACUAUCGAAGUUAUUAGCGGUGAUGACCUUGCUAAGAAGGGUCUUAACCUUAUCCACGCUGUCGGUAAGGGUUCUGCUAACACUCCUCAAAUGGUCACUCUUUACUACAAGGGUAACCCUGAAGGUAAGGAUGACGUUUACGGUUUAGUUGGUAAGGGUGUCUGCUUUGAUUCUGGUGGUCUCUCCCUUAAGCAAUAACUUAUGGAUAAGAUGUAUACUGAUAAGGGUGGUGCUUGCACUAUCUUCGGUAUCUUCAAGGCUGUUGUUGCUCUUGGUUUAAAGAUUAACCUUGUUUGCACAAUGGGUUACGUUGAAAACUUUAUUUCUGACAAAUGUUACAGAAACUCAGAUAUCAUCACCAGUUACAAGGGUCUCACUGUUGAAAUCUUGAACACUGAUGCUGAAGGUAGAUUAGUCUUAGCUGAUUGUCUUGCCUACUAACAAGAUAUUUACAAGCCUCACACUAUCUUCGACUUCGCUACUCUUACUGGAGCUUGCAUCGUUGCAUUGGGUGGUUCUGCUGCUGGUUUAUUCACUGCUAAUGACGAAUUAGCCACUGAAUUAGAAGCUAAAUCUAAGAAUACUCACUAAACCUUCUGGAGAUUACCUUUGGAUGCUUAUCCUAGAGAAAACACCACCAAUCCCACUGCUGAUAUUCAAAACUUAGGUAAGGCUCCUUGGGCUGGUGCUGGUACUGCCGCUGCUUUCCUUGAAAAGUUCGUUGAAGAAGGAGUUAAGUGGGCUCAUAUUGAUAUUGCUGGUAUGACUCUCCUCAACAACGAUAUCCAUGGUGUUCGUGCUAUCGUUGAAUACUACAAGGCUAAGAUCCAAGCUUGA